UGUAUUGUAUUUAAUCGCUGUUAUCUAGUCUCUUGAAAAUUUUAUAUAUCUAACUACCGGCGGUAAAAAACAAGUGGAUCAUUCGGUACUUUCAUAUUACGAUCUCAACUCGACGUGUUCUAUUGUAUUACUGGGCGUGCGGUUCAAUAAGAUAGAUUGUUGGAGACAAUAACGCGCUUGUAUGGGAGAUUGUGAGACCCAUGGUGAAAGAGUUAGGGCUAACUAAGCCAAAAGUGCGGAUGUCGAACACAGGGGCGCCAGUGAACGAAGCAGCUAAAGCAAUACACUUAGAUGAUGAAGAAAUAGUUUUGGAAGACGGAUUUAUCCAAAAAGACAUCCGUGCGGCGAGUGAUGGUACUUUCAGCCUGGUGGAGGAUUUACUGCUGAGCGAACAAGAUUAUUACAAGACCCUAAAAAGUGUUUGUGACGUCUAUGCGAAGCCAUUGCGGAAAUUGUUAUGUCUUGGACCUGAUGAGCAUAAAGCGUUGUUUGAUUGGGUGGACCCACUUUGCUCGUUAAGCAAUCUGGUAAUAAACAAACUACAGGUGGCGCUACGAGAUUGGGAUCCUUGUAGAUCGAGAAUCGGAAAUAUUUUCAGUAAGCAGCUGUGGACCAAGUAUGAAGAAUAUCAAGAUCAUCUGACUUUUGUGGCAGUCCCUUUGCUGAAAGAAAAGGAGGCCAAUGACAAUGAGUUUACGACCUUAUGCCAACAACGACAGGGAGCUACAAAAUAUUCUCUUCAAGAUUUGUUAUUUCUCCCGCUUGAACGGCUAGCCCAGUAUGAAAGUAUUCUCUCCCAGGUGGCAGCACAAACGCCUGAAGAACAUCCGGACUUUAGCGAUCGCUGGCGGGCAACAUCAAAAGCAAUGAAUAUGGUGCGAAGAGGAGAAUCCGCAAUGGAAGAAACUGAUCUGGAUAGAGUUCAAGAUCUCUUUCCUCACGAUAACUUGAACCUGUAUGAACAAGAUCCUUUUUUCUCACGCAAGACAUUAUUUCGGGGAAAGUCAGUGACGGCCAAUAAAAUCCAUCGAGCUUUCUCGACAAAGGGACCGAAAGUAGUAUCGACGGACUCCAAAAUUACACCACCAAGGAAUUCAACCAUCUCAACGUGCCCUCGUUCCUUUAUUAUGGAGGGUUCAGUGCAAUUUUUAAUGGGUGUACAACGCCAAGAGCGACACCUCUUCCUCUUUAGUGACAUCCUGAUUGUAGGAAAACCUAGGUCCUCGGGUACAUACAAGCAAAAAGAACGGCUUUCGAUCAGCGAGCUGUGGCUCUCCUCCUGUCUUUCUGAGGUUUGUGAGUUCAGCAGCUCACCAGAGGUCUCUUUUGUUCUUGGCUGGCCAACUACAAACGUUGUAGUCACUUUCAGUUCUCCACAGAUCAUGCAGCUGUGGCAGAGUAAACUGAUGCAGCUGAUUGCAGAAGCCAAGAAGAAAGAGGAGCGUUCUGUGACUAAUCUCCAAGUGUGCUACUGGGACCACGAAGUGAACGAAGAAUUUUUCAAAACUGUGAAAGUUCGCAACACACACUCAACAAAUGACUGCAUUCGCCUCAUACUUGAUGACAUUGGACAGCAGUCUUUGAGCACAGAAGACUUUCAAUUGUGGGUCAAGACCGGAAAAGACGAAACUCCAUAUCCACUAAUAGGUCAUGAAUUUCCUUUCUACAUUAAGAUGAAUUUUGUCCGUAAGCUACUGCAACACUCAAACUUCGAUUUACAGAAGUUUAGUGUCACUUCUGAAACGAAAUGUAUUUUCAUCUUACGACAGUCUCCCACAGAUGAGUCAUCUGCCCUGACAGAUGCUACAAAUCACAAGAGAAGAACAAGAAGACCAACGUUAAUAGGAUGGCCUUUCAAACGUCAUUUCAAUAAACAGGAGAAUUCCAACGGAGAUGUGACGUCUUCUCCCACCUCUUCCACGUUUGUUAAGUCUUUCUCAAAACUCUGGAGUGACGAAAAUUUGCCAAGACCUGUGCUGGCAAUUUUAAACCAGCUCUUUCAGAGGGGACCGUUUACUGUUGGCAUCUUCCGUAAGUCUGCUAACACCAGAAUGUGUAGAGAAUUGAAAGAAAAACUGGAAGCCAACCCAAACUUUGACUUUAAAGACGUGCCAGUUUCCAUUCUAGCUGCUCUCUUUAAAGAAUUUCUGAGAAGUCUUCCUGACUGUGUUCUUGGAUCCAGUGCUUAUAAAGACUGGAUAGAAACAGCAAACACCGCUGACGAAUGGGAGAAAAGAAAUCAAAUUAUGAAGCUUUUAGGUCGAAUUUCUCCAGCCAAUACGAAACUUUUACAACAUUUUUUGUGUGUUUUGUGGCACAUUUCUCAACAUUCCACCAUAAACAAGAUGUCAGCUGAAAACUUAGCCGUAUGUGUGGGCCCAAGUAUGCUUUUUCCUUCCGUGUCCAGAAGGAAACAGCCAGCGCCCCAGCCUGAGGUUUCGAAACAAGUGCCAAAAAUUGUAGCUUAUCUAAUAAGUAAGUUUCCAGAAUUAUUUGGUAAAGAGUGCGUGCAGCUCUUUGGUGUUUUGGACAAGGACAUCCUCCGGAAUGAUUCGGGAGCAGAAGAGUCUGACAGCCUUCAUAGUCAACAAGAGUUUGAAGGAUGUCGUCAAGAUAACUCCUCCAUUGACAGUCUGGAGAGAGAACUGCUAGAAGGGAAGAAAACAAUAGCGAAACUACCAAACAAGAUUCACAUCUCAUUAACAAACCUUAGUCGAGAUUCCGGUCUGACACUCAGUGACACACAACUGUAUACGCCAGAAGGUGAUGAUGAAAAUACAGAUUCUAGAGGUUCUACACAUAACAGUAAACAGACAGUUAAGAGCGCGCCCAACUUGGAUUUAUUAGGCUUAGAAGCUGUGAACCACUCGUCUAAAGACGCUGUGGUCAGUAUCGAUGGAUCAUGUCAUAAGGUUAUGAGAAAGCGGAAACAAGAACAAGAAAACUGUCGUCUUAGAGGAUCGGGAAGUGCCAACUCUUCUCCUCUGCGAAGUCAUUUUAGACAUAACAUGCAGUCUAGAUCUUACUAUCACCAUCUCCAUCCGCUCCAAUAUUCUCCACCUUAUGGAAUAGGAAAUACACUUUUAUAUUGCUUACUUCAUCCAGCACUCGAUGCUGGUGCUAGUCCAUCAGAGGCUAAAAGACGUGUUCAAUCGAUAGGGUCCGUUUUAUCAUCCACAAAAAUGAACGAUGUGGGAUGUGCACCUUCGUUGAGACGAACUGCUUCUGAAGAUAAUUUACCUCAUAACCAGUGUCACCAUCCUGAGAUUCUUACCUCUCCUUCACACGACGUUAUCAACCAGGGAAGUUAUUCUGUUUUCCAAAGAGAACAAGAGAACAAGCAGGAUUUUGCUUCUAAACAGAAUGAAGACAAAUACUUUUGCUCCAAACGAAUCAUUUUGCCUGAAGUGUGUGUAACUGAGGAGAUCAAAGACGAGGAUGAAAUUGAAUCCAAUUAUGACACAUUACUACAUCCUAAAUCUUCAUCAUCUCCAGUAGUUCAAAACUCUAACAGCUCACGAAAUAUCAAAUUAUCUGUCUCUGAAUAUCAGAGCAAAAAUGUAGAUUAUUCGACAGAAAAUCCCGAAGAAAUGAAUUUAUUCUCGGUUAGCGAACUGAAUGCAAUCCUUCGCGAUCAUUUCAAUGUCAAAAGCAUCUGUAGUACUGCAUCAAGUUCAAACCCAAUUUCACCCGAAUCAAAGGAACAUUCAGUCACUUCUAAGCCUUCUAUUUCCAGCAGAUCUAGUGGGUCCGGAGAUCCUUUUCUAUCCCAGCCACCUAUGAUAUCAGACAGAGCUUCGCAGUUACAUAGCUCAGAUGAUGUUUCAGAAAAAUCUUUAAAACGGUUCUCUAGUUACCACGGAGCUUCGGGCAAGGACGCUAGUACUUCUAGUGUUUUCAUUCAGGAAAAUUUCUUUGAUCGAUCAACUCAGAGUUAUGAAGCAAACAAUCUCCUUGAAGAUUCUCUACAACUUUACGAUGAAGAGUUUCAAAGUUUUUCCUUGCCAGUGAACAAGUCGUUCACACCACCUCCAACUCCACCUAAGCCUUUCAAAAGAGUAUUUUAUAACAUAAAUUCUAUGCAGAGCUCACAACCGUCUCACGAAGUUGUUAACUUGAACGUAAGUGAUAGCAAUGGCGUUCCCUUUGUAAAGAGACCCUCAGAAGACUGGCGAAACGAGAUAAGUUGGAGCGUCUCCAAAUUAAGAGACUAUUUUGACUCACGGACAUCAAAUGAUGCAAAAGAUGUGCCUCAGUGCCUUAAACAUAGCCAAGAAUCCUUCGUACCGCCCGUUCCUAGGUCUUCAGCACGUGCUGGUGAAGACUGUGUAACUUUGGUGAGAGUGGGUUGUCACGGAAGAUCAGAUUCAGUGAUAACUGUACGAAAAAGAAUUGAUUCAGACUUUAAUAACAUAAGUAACACGAAGUGCAAAGAAUCUUAUGUGUGAGAUGACUUUACUUUGUAUAUUUGUACAGUUUAUUGUAACUGUUACUGUUAUGUGCAGUCGAGUUGUACAUAACUGUGGCUCAGUUAUUUGUCAACAAUAUUAUGUUAAUACGUUUUUCAUAUUUGUACAACUGCCCUACUCAUAUGUACACUAUGUAACAUUGUUUAAUGUAUUUUGUUUCCUGGCGUCGAAAGUGAUACUUUUGUAUUAAUAAAUAAAGUACGUAUA